GAGCGACCAACAAGAGAUGAGGGGAGGGAUAACCAACAGAGCCCAUCUUCCUCCUGACCUCUGGGAAACGAUGGACGUGCCGCUUCCUUCUAAAUUUAGACACUCAUUCGUGUCGGUGCACUAUGCUCUCCAAACUGUUGUUCUCGUUUAUGUCAAUAGUUUAGGCCUAGUUCGGUCGAAACGAGGUGAGAGACCUUCGCGGGUCUCCGUUGACACAUGAACGGCAGCUCGAUCUGACGAACGCGCAACAUCGCAGUAACGGCACCUUUCAUGUUUUUUUACGAGGCUCCGAAACAGACGUAAUGGCGCAGGGGAAUAAUGGUAAUUUCCUUACUAUCCCCUCACAAGAGGGUCUUUUCAAGACGGUGAGAGUCGAGCGUUCCGAAGACAACAGUAACGAUGAAGAGGAGGAAGAAGCAGAGGAAGACGUCCGGCUAAUACCGAGGUGUUCUCCUGUUCCCAGAAAGCGAGGCUCCUCGAUCGCCGAUGAAACCGCCGAGUACAUGCGAAUUCGCCUGGCGUUGCCGGACAGAAGAGUGUCGUUUGUAGACAGUACGGGAGCCGAGCUGUUUGAUGUCAGAACGUUUGUUCCGUUUGAUUCAGAUGAGGAGGACGAUUCAAGAUGGGAGGAAGAGGAAGCGCGGUACCGAAAAGCCUACCGCGAGCCCACUUACAGAGUGUGGCCAGAGUUCCAGGCGCUCGCCGGAACGGAGCUCUCGCUCGCUGUCCACACCAACAAGCUGGAAGUGGAGAGCGUGACAUCUGUGCCUGAUGAGCCUUUGUCCUUCGAGGUGAUUAUUCGUGUGCUCAACAUUUCUUUUCACAAAUCAGUCUAUGUCCGUUCCACGAUGGACGGUUGGAUCAAUCACUAUGAUUACCCAGGCGAGUAUGUCCAGGGCUCCAACGACAGCGAAACGGACAAGUUCUCCGUGAAGCUGUCUUUCGCCUCACCGUACCUGUUCAACGGAGCGCGUAUUGAUUUUGUUGUACGUUAUGAGACGUCAGAUGGAGAGUUUUGGGCGAACAACUCUGGCAGGAAUUAUUCGGUAACUCUCCUACAGUCAUAUGAAGACGAAACAGCCCAGACCACCACAGAGGAGAAAACUGAGUUGAAAGGGAUCCUGAAACCUCCCAGGUACCGAGCUGACAUUGGUUACGAUGACUCUGAUGAUGGAGGAGAUGCAGAUCUGAGCAGCACUGAGUGUGAAGAAGCAGAUAAUCAAGCCUCUUUUGCACAGCCGCCUAUUGUCCAACCAGAUAUCGACAUCGAGAUUUCCAUGACGGUUUUCAUAUGUGGUGUAGCAGCCUUUUUUCUACAUUUUUUUUUUUUUUUUUUGCGGUCUGUCGGAAAACUCAUUGACCUCUAUGCUGUCUAGACACGCUUAUAGUGAGUCUUUGCAGGGCUCAACGAUAAGGAUUUUUUUUACUGGCCCAGUUGGGUCAGUGGCUCAAAUUUUUACUUGCCCUGCCAAAAGUUUCACUGACCCCUCCACAGAAAAAGUAAUAAAAUAAAUAAAAUAGGCCUAGUUGUAUUCGUUGUUUUUGACCCAUGUAACCAAAAACUACUAGCCAUACUCUUAUAAAUUUCAAAUAUCUUUAAAGUGAACAAUCAGUAAUAAAAUAAGAAGGAUUAUGCAGCUUCUAAGCAGCAAUGCAACUUAAAAUAGCAAAUAAUCAAAUAAUGAGCAGUAGCACAAAUAAAUACAAUAGAACAAACAUACAAAUAAAAUAAACAGUGCUU